AUGCAAUUUUUUCUGGAGCUGUCACGGCUCUUGCCUGCGGCAGUGCUCCUUGCUUGUUUCUAUCUCACUGUUUUGUUCACACUCAAUCGAGUCAGUUCUCGCGUGCGGAUUAGUUGGUGGUCUCUAUUAUCGCUGGGAGGGAUUUGCGUUUCUCAAGAUAGACUGGAGGUCUCUGUUGGAAGAGCAGGAUUAGCUGUCAACUUCAGGGCUUUGCUCAGAAAGGUGAGUGCAAGAGACAAGUUCAUCUCCAUUAAUGUCAGCAAUGUUUAUGUGAAGCUGCCUAGUUUGGGUGAUUCGAACACCACGAACAGUAAGAAAUCACAUAAACAGAAAAAGAACUCAUCAAUAGACUCAACCGGUGCUCUGGCCACCAUCCUGAAACGGUGUUUUCAAUUCAGGCGAUUUCUAUUUCCGUUCCAGGUUUCGAUUAAAGAUAUAACCGUCGAGCUUGCUCCGGGAAUAAAGAUUGAACUGAUUGAACUUUUAACGACUCUCGACCUCACAGAUGAUCAACAGCCCACGGUGUCUGUUUCGUUCAAGGACCUUGCUGUGGGAACUGACAGCAGUUCUGCAUCUGUCAAGAUCUUCACUGAGCUGCUGAUUUCAGGCCGUGCAAAAUACACUUCUGAAGCUCCUACAAUCAAAGACACACAUAUGGAUGUGUUUCUUUCUGGUGUGGAUAUCAAAUUGGAGGAGUUGACUCCGCUAUUGGGAACGUUGAGGUCGAAUGCAAAUGGUGGAAAUGGCCAAAAUGGCGAAAGCACGAGUGAGAAAGCAGUCCUAGAUUUCACAAAAAUCAGAUCUGCGUUGAACCGAUUCAUGGAUUCUUUCUCCGAGUGUGUCCUCCGUAUUCACGAGUGUUCUAUAUCGUUAUCCUCCACCGUGUUUUCCGUCCAGUCGGUCUACGUAGUUGGAAGGGGAAUGGGUGCUGGUAACCCAGUUUCUACGAAACUUUCCGACUCGAGUCUGGCCGUGUUUGGAAGCCGUGGGAAAUGCGAGCUGUUAACCUCGAUAACUUCCCUCAAGAUCUCAGGGGCGCAAACCAAGAACAUGACGUACGUUCCGUUUUUCAGCAUGUUGAACUACGUGGACGUCCUGCACAUUGUGGACUUUUUCGAGAAUGAAAGUGCCAAGACAGAAGACGCUUUUAUCAGAACAAUAGUCACCUUUAACAAUCCAACGUUUGCCUGGAACCUGACUGAAAUGCAUGAAAAUGCGCCUGAUAUCAAAAGCCAGACUGACAGUCCAGUUCCGAGCAGAACGAGCAAAAUACCCAAGAAAUUAUUUCUGCUGCUCCAAAAAUGCAAGCUCCGAGUGUACUUUUUGAACGCUGACUUCAGAAUAAACAUGUCAUCCAGACUCACUCUGAGUUUCACUUCGACUGAGGUUUCGUUGGACCUCGGAGAAUACCAGCAAUCGGAACCAACGUUCUCAGAAGAGUGUUCGGCAGAUACACCCGAAAUCGAGCUGUCACUGAAGACAAGACAUAUCUCUAUCGCAUACUAUUUGGAUGAUAAAUCGAGAGCUUCAUUUUUCAGCAUUAAAAAUGCAUCCUCAACAGCAGUUGUCACAAUUCCCAAAGAUACAAACGAUGAUCAUAUGCUGGAGGUCCACAACCUCAACUCAGAAGUUAAUGAUAUAGUGUGUUUGCUGGAUGAUGUGGACCUAUUUUUUGCAUUUGCUGAAGUUUCUAGAGCAGUUUCGGAGUCCAAACUCAAACGCCCAGCAUCACCUACUGCCUCACCUACGACCAAAAAACCAAAGUUGGUUUCCGUUGUGCAAAGCAGAUUGUCUUUCAAACGGAGCAAGUUCUUGGCUUCCUUCAAGAACCCACGCAAGUUCUAUAACAAUGUUGACUAUACAGAGCUUAACUCAUAUGCCCGUGGAUUUGAGUUGACCUUUGAGGAGUUGGAUAUUGUGCUCAGGAAGGACAAGCUGAUUGAUGUAAAUCUCAACUCAUUCAUUGGGGUUCUGAUUACCGAUAUCUCCAAGAGAGCAGUUAGCCGAACACCUUUUGUGAAGUGCUCCAAAACAGUCGGACAUAUUUGUCCGCGCUUGACAGAGCUGAAUGUGAUAUUGCCCGUUGUGGAGCUCAAUAUCGACAUUGAAACCGUCUGGACGCUCCUCUUUGUCAAGGCAAUCAUUUCUGCUGUUCUACCCGAAGCAAGUCCAGACCAUAAACUCAUAUCGAAGGCUCCAAAACGACAUGAAAAUGGAGAAGCCAAACUCAGGCCCAAAAUGUCAUGGAGUGUUGACCUUGGGGUGCUGAUUGCCCACUGGAAGUUGCCUUACGAGGAAGAGCUAUUGAUCGAACUUGAUACACUCAAGGUGGCACCAUCAUCUAUCGCCGAACCGCAUGGUUUCAACUCGAGUCUCUCGGUGAUGAGGCUUUACGUCCCUAGUACCUUUGUCAAGAAAGGAUGGAGUGCUUUGCUGGAGCUCACUCACGUGGAUGUUUUUGUGUUCUCGGAUCACGGAGAUCCCGACCAGGAGUUUGCUGCUAUCAAAGCAACCAUGAUCAACAUUUCUGUUCCACUUGAAUACAUGUUGUACAAGUCUUUGGACAACGUUGUAUCGUUUUUCAAGAGUUCCAGACAGAUAUCAGUCAAUUUUGAAGACCUUAUGAGUCCUGAUGCUAGCGAAAAUUACCGUAUGAAAAAGAUUAUGCCUCAUCCGGUGAAGCCUCUCAAAAUGCCGAAGGUAAGGAUAGAAGCUGAUGCUUUCAAUUUCUUAUUUUCGGAUGAUCCUUUCGAGGUCAAGCUAAACAGGAUCUAUCAACUUGGUUUAAUUGAACAACUUUCCCGGAUGAGAAAGCAGGCCAAAUUUGAAGAAACUGAAAAGGCUAUUCUUAAAGAGGUUGAAAGACGGCGCCUGGAGAGGAUCAACGGCACUGGUGCGAAGAAGACAGCCUCAUCACCACUUGGAAACAAUCAUCAGAAGGUUAGAUCUCUAAAGUCGACCGUGCUUGGAAUCAAGAUCGAUCCAAAUGUUAAUAUGCCGUUGGUCCAGAACGAGCACGAUCAAGAGUACAGAGAAAUGGAAGAGGCAAGGAAAACUAUAGAGAAAGCCAGAAGAAAGCUUUACGCAAAUAUCAGCAGAUCCUGGAUAACAAGGUUUGAAGCAUCAGAGGAAGAAAAAGCACAGGCUUUACAUCAUCUGUCAGAGCAGUACCAGGGAAAGAAAGUUCCAGCUUCAGCCGAGUUGCUUGAAAGAUUCAAGAUAUUUGAGCGAGACGAAGGAUUUCCCCUUUUUGUUGCGAGGUUCACCAACUUGGAGCUGGUUCUAGAUGUCCCUCAAUCGUUUGAGCUUGAUAACUACGCCAAGUUUCUCCAUGACAGAGGUGACGGAAUGCCAACAGACAUGGAAUACUCAAUUCUGAUCCCAAUGAACUUGAGCAUAAGAUGCAAAACUGUGCAUGUGAGGGUUAAAGACUACCCCUUGCCAAUGCUUUCGUUUGUGUCAGGUAAAGAAAAUCCGAUUUUGAUUAACGGUGAUAUUGUCAUUGCAGAACAGAUGGCGAUAGUCGAGGAGCUGAGAUGGGUCUUUGUUUCGCUAGUGUCUCAAUACAAGGAUCCAGAGAAGAAAGAAUGUCUUUAUGCCAUGAAUGUUCCACGGACGCUCACAGCAGUGAAGGUUUAUAUGGACAUGCAUAUCAAGGUGGACUCCGAUAUUGCCAGUUCUAUUUCGUGGUCUGAAUCAUACCAACCAGGCCUAGGAUAUGCUAUGAGUGCCUUUGAUGUUCUAUCCAAGCCACCCUUGGAUAUUUCACCAAAGAUCGGAUUCUGGGACAAGUUUCGUUUGAACAUGCAUGGCCGUUUCAAUUUUGAUUUCACCGGUGAUUUGAACCUGUUCAUCAAGAGUACGGCUUGCCCUUAUGAUCUCAUUGGAACUGCAGCGGGGUUUGUCUUCAGCUGGCAAGAUGGUGUGAAUCUGAAAAUCAACUAUUCAGCCAGUCCCGAGGAGUUCCUCGUCGUUCAAAGCAACAAAUUUGAAAUCGGAGUGCCGAACUUUUCGAAUCUUCAGAGAGAGUAUUGGCUUUUAGCAAACACCCAAGGGAAGGGAAUUAACUUCACUCUACACAAAAAGGUGAUGAAAUUGAAUGCCGCUCCGGUUGUCUGGAAAAUGGGAUUUUUAUUCGAGAGAGAUACCCAGCUUGACGGCUACGUUAUACCUGGAACCACUCCAAGAACGUCUCAACUAGUACCCCACUAUGAGGUGAGAUUGAGGAAUCCAAGCACAUUCAACUCUGACAUCGAGAGAAAGUCUUGGGACUCUUACAGAGGAUUCAAAAGCAGAUACAUUCAUAUGUCUAUUUCGGUGGAGAGUUCGGGAGACAAUGCCUAUAGUUCGCUUCAUCUAUCGCCUAUGUUGUUCCGUCAUUUCUUUGCUUGGUGGGAAUCUUUUAGUCUGAUAUCCUUGCCAAUAAAGGAGGGAAAAAUCUUCAGACACCCGGACUUAGACUACAGAAAGAAGCCGAAAUUUGGCAAGUCAAUGUUCACAAUAAAGUAUAAGCUCAAUCUGGCGCCUCUAUUUCUGUCGCACAUAUAUCGCCAUGCCUCUUCUGAUGAUUUCAAGUCAGACAACAAAGUGGCCUUCACCGGUCUGAAGUGCGCAAUUAAGAGAUUUACUAUGGAUCUUCAUCAGAGAAAGCAGGAGUUCAGGCUGGUGAAAGACGAGCUGGGAUUGUGCAUGACUGACUGGCACCUGAAGAUGAACCAAGGAGAGCUUGAUUUGGAAGAGGCAGACUUGAGACUUCUCACUGCUGUUUUCAAUGAGAGAGCAGUGCAAGGGUACUUGGCUAAAGCAUUUGGAAUUGAUUCGUCCUCAUCUCAUUCUCAGACAAACGAUUCAUACACUUCAAAGUCGGAUUUUUCCAAGAACAAGAAUGUAUGGUGGGAUCUGGACGACUUUAUAGAAAUUGAGCAGCCUGAUUUGAAAUCAGAUAACCCCAAGUGGGAGAUCAUUCCGUUUGCGUCAUCGCCGAGAGUUUCAUACUUCAGGCAAGCACCUACGCCUGACACCAAGUAUCCAUUCGGAGAAGAAUGGUCUCAUGAAUGUCUGAUUGGAAAAAACCACCCAGAACGAACCCAAGAAACUUUGGCUAGGCAAAGGCAGGUAGAGAUCGAGAAAGAAAUUGGGGUGGUGGAGUCUUCUCUGGACUCGCUUCACUUGAGCGGAAUCAAGGAUGCUGGAACCACAAAUCGCAUACGCGACUUGAAUAGGCAAUUGGAGAGUUUGAAACAUUCGCUACAUGUGAUUCGUUCCAUCCUCGAUGAUUUGGCUGAAGGGAUGUUGCCAGAAGCAGACGAGUUCAGUUUGGAUACCGAGCAAUCGGAGUUGGGAAGAGAGCUCAGCACAACUAGAAGUGGCUCCAUAUACUCCACCGAUUCCAAGGCUCUACGUUUGUCCAAGACGCAAUCUGCCAAAGAGUCUUUUAUCUCCAUGAGAAGGACCUCAGUUGGUCACUCGUCUCCAUUCUGGAACCGUUUUAUUGUUCACAAUAUGUUGCUGAGCUGGAAUUCAGAGUUGAGUGAAAAAUUGUUGCGCUACAUCUACAAUGUGAGUGAGAGAAAGAGCUUAUGCUUCUACCUCACCAGAAAGGCCGUGACUUUGGCCGAAGAGCUUAUGAAAGAAGCUUCUUCUUCUGAUCGAACCAAUUGCGGUUCGAAAUCCAACUUGGAUUACGAAUUUCGAUCGCCAAAGGAAAGUGUUGAUGAGUUUGACGAUGUCAUCGAGGACUAUCCUCAUGAAAACGCCAAAGUGUUUGAUACCUAUUUGGUCAAACUGAUAUCGCCACAAAUUCGCCUCAUCAGCAAAAAAGAUGCAGAUAAGUGUCUACUAUUGGCCUCCAGAGAUGUGACUUUGAAAGUGGUCAAGGUUUAUUGUGGGGAUUCCGAACUGGAUGGGUCUGCUGGUGGAGAAUCAGAUCUAGCCUAUUUGAUCCAAACGAGAUACGGAUUGCUAAUGAACGAUGCUUUAGUUUAUGUGUUGGAUAAGCAGAAGAUGAUCCACAGAGAGUACGGAUUCUUUCACUUUGACGAAGAAAAAAACUGGCCACCUUCAUUGCCAAUUGAGAUGUGCUAUGAUGGUUCGGCUUUAACUGUUGCCUUGUGUAUUGAAAAACAAUCAUUUGGGUUUAUCUACUACAAGCCCAAUCCUCUGUUUUUGAGUCAUGAUGUCUCGAAUGCAUCCACAAUGAAGUACUUCCAGGCCUUUUUCCCCAAGCUUGCAAUUAUAAUGGACAUGGAGCAGUACCAGGUCAUCUACAACAUAGCCAAUGACUUGCUUGCUUUCAGUGAUCCCGAAAUCAAGAAGAACACCAACAGACUGGAGAAGCUUCUUUCUGCAACCGAGACUAACGAUUUUACUGGAAUGAGCGAAAAGGUGGAGACUCUACAGAAGGAAGUGAGGAUCCUGAACAGGAUCAAGCUGGUGAUGAAGAUGCUCGAUUCUGGAGAUUCCAAGAUACACAGCGACGAUCUCCUGAUCAUAGAUAUUGAGCUUGAAAAGCUUCUGUUAGAGCUUUCUGUUACGAUGCAGAUUCUGCAGAAGGCCCAGUCAUUGUUGGAUGUGGAGCAUAUGGAGCUUUCCAAAACGGUUAUCACCUUUGACCAGAUCAUUCUACACCUCCUGGACGAAGAACACAAGCCUUUUGUGGAUAUCGCUAUUGCACAAACUUUCUUCGCCAAGCUGGCUGCGCCUGAUGCUUCUAGUACUAACCAGAUCAGCAUCAGACUCAUACAGGUAUUCGACUUGCAUGGAGGAUGCAAGUAUCCUCAGAUUUUGUCUCCAAGAGACGCGCAGUCUGUUCAAGGUGAGAAGCUGCCCCCAAUGCUGUUUUUGGAGUGGAGGAACCUGCAGCCUGUGGGUGGCAUUGGAGUGAUCGACAAGUCUUUGAUCAGAUUGCAACCUAUCAUUUUGGAAAUUGACCAUUCAACUGCUAAGAAGCUUGCGAAGUUCUUUGAGCUAGGUGACGCUGCAAAGACCAAAGCGGAUUCGGACAGCGAUGUUGCUAGUUUGUUUUCUGACUCGGAUGCCGAGAGUUUUGACUCAAAACUUUCGCCAGUUCUAAGCUCAUCGUCGUCUUCUAUCACAUCUUCCCAAACCCAUGGUUCUAAUCCAGUCUCCAAGCUCAAGAGGAACUUUUUGUCACUUCGCAGAAAGAACUCGGAUCAUGCAAGCAUAGCUUCGUCUACCGUUGACGACUCCGUCUCGUUUAGUGAAGAAAGAAAGAGUCCCACUUCUGAUAGCGGUGUUAUUGAAAUGGUUGAACGGUCUUCCAAAUACAAGCUGUGGAAUCUCAUUGACAUGGGAGAAGCUACCAUUUGCAUCAGUUUCAAAGGAACAGGCCCUCUUAGCAUCAUCAACGUGGAACGUCUGGUGCUGAAAAUCGCUCCAAUGAAAUACACCAACAAGAUGUGGUCAAAGGAAGAGUUGUUUAUGCAUAUGAGAAAGGAAAUCUUGAGGAGCGUCCUUCGCCAUACAGGAAAGUUCAUUGGGAAUAAGCUGGUCAAACAUACACCCACCAGGACCGCUGUUGCCCUUCCCCAGGUUAAGGACUACAACUCUUAUACAAAGUUUGACGAUUUAGGAGCAAAGCCUACAAAAGAGGAUACCAGGAUAAUUCAGCAUGGCCAUGAUCAUAUAUAUAGCCAUCAUCACAGGCCUGCUCACACCAAGUUUGACCCUGCUCUGCUGGAACCAGUUAGUGCUGCUGCCCGGCACAAGCCUCAUCACAGUCAGAGAACCGAGCCGGUUGACAUCAACACCGUUUUCGAGGCGGUAGAUGACGUUGAAGACGUUGACAACGAGAACUAG